AAGUACAAUUUAACCAUCGCAUCAUCCGAUUAUGGGGUCCCUCAACGGAGUGCACUGGUCUCAGCCAUCAUUACUGUACAAGAUGUCAAUGACAACGCUCCUAUCUUUAACCGUACUCAAUACAAAGUUAUGGUGAGCGAGGAUGUUGCCGUAGGGACUGAGAUUGUCCAAGUGGCAGCUCACGAUCUCGAUUCUGGGGGAAACUCGGUGUUGCAAUACAGCAUCAGCUCAGGUGAUGAAGACACACAAUUUGAGGUGGGUCAGAGAACGGGGAUUGUCAAACUGCGCAAAGCCCUGGAUCGAGAGGCAUGGUCUCGGCAUGUGGUCAUUAUCCAGGUGACCGAUAGCCAGGGCCCUCGGCCCAACUUUGCUCUGGUCCCAUUGACAGUGGAGCUAAAGGAUGUGAAUGACAAUCAGCCCUUCUUCCCGAUGGAAACACUGAGUGCCAACAUCCGAGAGAAUUUGCCAGCUCACUCGCUCGUGACCAAAGUCCAUGCCAUUGAUUUUGACUGUGGAAUAUUUGGUGAGUUACAAUACUCCAUCAUCAACCAGCCUAUCUCGCUGACAGGCUUCGGGAAAGACAAAGAAAUGUUUGACAUUAACCAGCUGACCGGAGAGCUUCGCACUAAACUCUCGUUUGAUUUUGAGAAGGUGAACUCCUUUCAGGUUAUGGUGAAAGCAGUGGAUUCUGGGAACUCCUCAGCCACUGUCACUGUCCAGGUCCAUGUGACGGGGGAGGACGAGUACGAUCCUAUCUUUGUUAACCCAGAGUAUAGCUUUGUUGUCCCAGAGAAUGCAAAAAAGGGCCAGAGCAUUGGGCAAGUGAUAGCUACAGAUGAGGAUGGAGGUCUCGAUGGGAUUGUCCUGUACUCACUGUUAACCCCAUCACAGUAUUUUGAGGUGAACAAAACUACAGGUGACAUCAUCCUCAGAAUGGACAGUCAGAGACACCAGGGCAAGCGGUCAAAGAGAGAAACUCGGACAAUGGCCCUGACCAUCCAGGCCAAGAGCCCAUUGGUGUCCUCCCGAUUCUCCACCACCAAGGCCAAUAUUGACAUCACUCAGACCUCGUUUGGAUUAACAGCUGAGCUCAAUUGGAUGCUGAUAGUUGCCUUAGCAGCGUCGUUGGGAGUUGGAGGGAUACUUGCUGUCAUCGGCUUGGCCCUGGUGAUCAUCCGAGCCAGGAGGAGGAAGAGCCACGAGGCAAGCAGCAGUUCACAGCUCAACAACAUGCCAGAGCCCAGCUUCCAGAAACUGGGAACUGAGGAUACUACCUUACUGAGCAGUGACCGUAUAUACCAUCAGGCCUUGCCUGGGUACACAGCCGAGGCCCCAGGGGUUGGAGCUCCAUAUGCCAGGGGAGAUUCCAUCGAUCCCUCACACUCCAGUGGCCGUGGCUCAGCAGAGGCAGCAGAGGAUGAUGAGAUUCGAAUGAUCAAUGAGUACCCUCGUGUCAGUAGCCUGUCCUCCUCCAUACAGGAGCAUGUAUCAGCUCGUGGCCCAGACUCAGGAAUCCAGCAGGACGCUGACCAAAUGUCCGAUAUUUCCACUGACCCAGGCAUGGACUGGUUUAAACACAAGAAAAGCAGUGGCCUCUUGUUGCCAGGGCAACAGCAGCUGUACCGGGAGGAUGGUGCUGGUGGGUACAUGGGAGCAGGCCUGGGCCUGGGUGUGUGUCACACCAAGGACUAUGUCUUUGCUGAAGAUGGUCGCCCAUCAGCACAAGGCUCAUUGACUGCUAUCGUCGCCAGUGAGGAGGAACUGCGAGGUAGCUACAACUGGGAUUAUCUCCUGAACUGGAGCCCACAGUUCCAGCCCUUGGCCAGUGUCUUCACUGAGAUCGCCCGGCUCAAGGACGAGAAUGCCCCUCGCAAAAGCUUCCAAUCCAAACCCAAAGUGGACCCCAAACCUCGAAUUGACCCUCCCCCACUCAUCACCUCCGUGGCUCACCCCAGUGCCAUGUCUGUACCUCCUCGAUUGGCAGUGAGCCGAAGUCACGGUCAUGUGACAGCAUUGCCACGCUCACCCAUCACCAGUGAUGCCUCGAUGACAUCAGCAGCCAUGUCACCCAGCUUCUCCCCUUCACUGUCUCCAUUGGCUACUCGGUCUCCAGCCGUGUCCCCGUUCGACGUUUCCCAAGGACCCUCAGCCUCCAUCAUUAGCACCGAGCACUCCUUAGACAAUCCAGAGGAUGUGGAGCUGCGGAUAUAGGUCCCAGCUAACACAGCAGCUGUGCUCCUCACUUAGUCCCUCCCAGUGCCACAAACUGCAGAUACCCAACCACAGUUAUCCCUGCAGAUACCGGACUGUGAAACAUUGUUAAAACAAUACAGAGAGAGAGACAGAGAGACAGAGACAGACAGACAGAGAGAAAGAGAGACAGACAGAAAGACAGACAGAGAGAGACACAUAUACAGAGAGACAGACAGAGACAGAGAGAGACAGAUAGGGAGAGAGAUAGCGGCACUCUCAAAUCAAACAACAAAUAUUUCACUUUUAUUCGGUUCACAACCACAAUGACAGCUAAUUCAUUGUACACAGAAGGUCAGAAACAAACUGAUUCUGAACCACAGGGAACAGGAGAAUGUCCAAGAUCUGGACCUGAUCAAAAGAUGAGGAUAAAAUCAAUUAAAUUGUACACUGUGUUUAUCCUGUGCCAUCCUUGUCCUGGGAGUGUUUGAUGGGAACAGUGUAGAGGAAGUUUUAUUAUGUAACCCCAGCUAUUCCUGUUCUGGAAGAUUUUGAUGAGAGUGUAGACCAUAACAUCAUAAGAUAAAGGAGCAGAAUUAGGCCAUUCAGCCUAUCGAGUCUGCUCUACUAUUUGAUCAUGGCUGACAUGUUCCUCAAACUAAUUCUCCUGCCU